UCAGCUCAGCAGCAGUCGCUGUCGAGCCAGGGAGGGCGAUCGAUUCGAUGGGGCGCGUGCGCUGCCCUUACUGCCAGGGCACCGCCGGCCGGAGCGCCACUACGCCCUACGGCCGCUGCGUCACCGAGUGCUGUUCCUGCGGACGAGUGGUGGAGGAGCGGCAGGUUUACACCCACCAGCUCUUCCCCCUACGCGCUUUCGACUACCCCCUGCCCCUUGUCACCCCUGACCUUCCCUUGCCGCCCCCUUCCGCCGCUGUCGAAGCCACCAACGAGGAUGAUGAGGACCCCUUCCACCCAACCGGAUUCGUGACCACGUUCUCCACCCUAUCCCUCGAGCCCUGCCCUCUCUUCGCCCGCUCUGCUACCUCUUUCGCCGGGCACCUUGCGGAGCUGGAGCGUGCCCUAGAUUCUUCCUCUUCUUCGUCUUCUUCUUCUUCCGUCUCUGAUGGGUCGGGAGGGCCGCUCGUCUCCGUAGACCACCUCCGGGCGUACCUCCAGAUCUUGGAGGUAUCGUCCAUCCUUAGGCUAGAGCAUGACAUAGCUGACCACGCCUUCCAGCUCUUCCGUGACUGCUCUUCUACCACUUGCCUCCGAAACCGUAGCAUCGAGGCUCUGGCGACGGCUGCGCUUGUGCAUGCCAUCCGUGAGGCACAGGAACCUCGGACCUUACAGGAAAUAUCUUCUGCUAGCAAUCUUCCUCAAAAGGAGAUCGGAAAGUACAUCAAGAUCCUAGGGGAGGCUCUGAAACUUAGCCAACCCAUCAACAGCAAUUCUAUUGCAGUCCACAUGCCUAGGUUUUGUACACUUCUCCAACUAAAUAAAUCAGCUCAGCAACUUGCAGCUCAUAUUGGAGAAGUUGUUGUGAACAAAUGCUUUUGUACUCGUCGGAACCCAAUAAGCAUCUCAGCUGCUGCUAUCUACUUAGCAUGUCAACUAGAAGAUAAACGUAAAACUCAGGCUGAGAUUUGUAAGGUGACUGGUUUAACAGAGGUUACCCUUCGGAAGGUGUACAAAGAGCUUUUGGAGAAUUGGGAUGAUUUGAUGCCUCCUAAUUACACUCCUGCAGUGCCCCCUGAGAAAGCUUUCCCAAUGACUACAAUCACCUCUGGUCGAUCUUCAGCCAACAAAGAUAUGGUUGAUGCUUACCAUUCGAGUGCACAUCACGACAAAGAUAAACACUCAGAAGCUAUUGAAGCAAGUAAAAUUUCUAAUUCUCUCGAGUUUAGUCAUACAGUCAAAGUGAAUGACGAGGCAGAGAAGAAAAGCAGUUCCCAUGUCCGCAAUCUUACAUCUUUCGAUCCCCAGGAUUUGAAUCACGGAUCAUUCUCCAUGCCACAGGUUCCAUUUGGCAUGUUCCAGUGCAAACCGCAGAGAGAGGACGUAAAGGGUGAACAAGGCAUCAUCAAUCUUAAUGAAACUGAACCCAAUCUGUCAGAGCAUAAGAAGGCCAGCAAGGACUUGAGGAUGGGUGAUACUUCUGGAUGGGUGGAUCAAACUUCAACUCCCUCAUCGUCAAAAAGAUACACAAGUUCAUGGCAUUUGAAUCCUGCAACGGCUGCCCCAGAAUCGUACGUUCAGUUGGCAAAUCGACAGUUGGGUCUUCAAUUUGUUCCUGGAACUGGCGAGAGUGCAAAAGGUGGAAAUGAUGAUGCUGCGAGUAGGGGCCACAAGCCAGAGAAUUAAGAUGGAUUCAAUAUUAGAAGCAACGAGGACAACACAACUAGCUUGUUUUGAACAGGCACAAUCAUUCAACGUUCGCAGCGGCCAGCAUUAUAUUUUGCACAAACAACCUCAGUGAUCCCAUUUUGGUCUUUUGAGUUGUUGCAGUGAUGAUGCAUAAGGCAAGUAGUCUCUUCUUAAACCAGGUGCUCUCAUACGUCCUUACCUAUCCCCCACACUUGUAUUUAUAUUAAGACAAUAGACAUCAUUACAAAUGUUCAGAGAGACUAGGUAAUGUUAACAAGUCACACUUGUGUUAUGAGUAGUAUUACUGGUCCUUAUCUAUUUAUUGUUAAA